AUGUUUCAAGCUGGACGUAUGCACGUCUGUAUGGACAUGCACGUGCUCAUGGCCAGUGGACAAGACGACGUCGGUCUAACUCGAGCUGAGUAUCUCGAGAUGGGGUCGAUGCCCACUGCUCGAGUCGCUACUCGACUCAAAACUCGACCACGAAUUCCUAUUGAAAGACAAACUUGGACGUUCAAGUUCGACAGUCGUCGUCGCAUGGAUGCAAGCCAAGCUACAAAAUCGAUUGACAAGGUGCGAGCACAAGCUCUUCAACAUCAGUAG